CGUGGAGAGGACGAUCAGUGGUGUCGGCCAGGACCAAGUAUCGGUGUCGAGUCGGCUGAUCAUCAUGUGUAGCAACGAGAGUCCGCCGCCAGCGAAGGAGCCGUUGGCCGUUGGCCUGGGUAAUCCGAUGGCCGGCUUUCUCCCGGGUCUCGAGCAUUACCGGCUGCACCUGUAUCAUUACGCGAUGGCGGAACGAUUGCGGCUGGCGCAACAGAUACAGCAUCCCGGUGUAGCUCAUCCUCCUUCGGGGGCGCCGACGGCUCACCUGGGUAUAGGCCCGGGAUUCCCGGCGCCACUGCCGUUGUAUCCGGCGGCUGCCGCGGCGGCUGGUUACCCUGGUCGAUUGGCACUGUCCAUGGCACUGUUGCAUCCGCAUCACCAACGGAUACCAGAGGAACCCAAACCCCAGCACAGUUAUAUUGGUUUGAUCGCCAUGGCGAUACUGUCAUCGCCGGAGAAGAAGCUCGUGCUGUCCGAUAUCUACCAGCAUAUCCUUGAGCACUACCCUUAUUUCCGCACCCGUGGGCCUGGUUGGCGCAACUCUAUCCGACACAAUCUCUCGCUGAACGAUUGCUUUGUUAAGUCUGGCAGGAGCGCUAAUGGCAAGGGUCACUACUGGGCGAUCCAUCCGGCGAACCUGGAAGAUUUUCGGCGCGGUGACUUCCGUCGGCGCAAAGCCCAGCGCAAAGUGCGCCGGCACAUGGGCCUAGCGGUGGACGAGGAACCAGAUAGUCCAAGUCCGCCGCCUUUACCCGCUACUCCACCGCCUCCGACGGCUCUUGGUCCUUCGGUAGCCUCGCAGCAGAUAUCCGCGUUGUGGGCGCCACAUCAUCAUCACCAUCAACAGCAGCAACAGCAGCAACAGCAACAACAAAGUCCCUUCCAGAGCCAAUCCCUUCGACAAUCGUCUUUCCAGCCGAGAAAACGACAGUUCGACGUGGCGUCCCUUUUGGCACCGGAUGAUCAGCAACAACAGAUCGAGGCGGAUGUUCUCGGGCCGGCCAAGUCGCGCAGGUACAGCUGCAGCGAGGAUGAACUACACGAUUUGCCGGAGGCCGAUCAAGACGACGAGGACGUCGAUGUCGAUGUAGUCGCUGAAGCGAACGCCUUACCGUCGCCAAGCACGCCGCCGGCCAGUCCGGAUAUACCUAAGGUCGUGUCUCCGGCCGCUCAUUGGAAUCAUCAGAGUGUACAAAGCGGCGGUCAACAGCAGCAACAACAGCAGCAGCAACAGCUAUCGGCUGUACACCUUCAUAAUCAUCUGCAUGUCAGGAACUACUACAUCCCGACUAACUCCGCCGGCGGGUCCAGCGUCUAAUGGAGGGCUCGGAAGAAGCCGGUCGGUUAGCGCGACAGGUAGCUGCUCGUGUCUGUCAAGUGUCCACGACUCCCCUUUUUUUAUCGCGUGAUUUCGGAAACUUCUCGGA